GGCCGGCAAGGCCGUUGGGCGGGGGCCUGGCCGGUGCUCCGCAGCUGUCUGUGACACCUGGAGCCCGCGGGCCGCUUCGGCCCCCAGAGAGCCCGGCAUGGUACGCGCGGGCGCCGUGGGGUCGCAUCUCCCUGCGUCCGGCUUGGACAUCUUUGGGGAUCUGAGGAAGAUGAACAAGCGCCAGCUCUAUUACCAGGUCUUAAACUUUGCCAUGAUUGUGUCCUCUGCGCUCAUGAUCUGGAAGGGCCUGAUCGUCCUCACUGGCAGCGAGAGUCCCAUCGUGGUGGUGCUGAGUGGCAGCAUGGAGCCAGCCUUUCACAGGGGCGACCUUCUGUUCCUAACAAAUUUCCGAGAAGACCCGAUUAGAGCUGGUGAAAUCGUUGUUUUUAAAGUCGAAGGCCGAGACAUUCCAAUAGUUCACAGAGUAAUCAAAGUUCAUGAAAAAGAUAAUGGAGACAUCAAAUUUCUGACUAAAGGAGAUAAUAAUGAAGUUGACGAUAGAGGCUUGUACAAAGAAGGCCAGAACUGGCUCGAAAAGAAGGAUGUGGUGGGGAGAGCCAGAGGGUUUUUACCAUAUGUUGGUAUGGUCACCAUAAUAAUGAACGACUAUCCAAAAUUCAAGUACGCUCUUUUGGCUGUAAUGGGUGCAUAUGUGUUACUAAAACGUGAAUCCUAAAAUGAAAGGCAAUUCCUGGGACCAGACAGAAAUAAAUUCUGUUGAAAAAGAGAAAAGCUAAUAUAUUUGAAAUGUUCCACUUUCUGUAUAAAAGGAAACAAUGUGGAGACGUUUUUGUCUUGUUUGAAUAAACGAUUCAUCAGUGAA